AUGGCUUCAAAAGCACUCGUUGCAGGCCCUCCCAACGUCCAAAAGUUAGCUGCAAAAAGGACGACACAUAACAGUUUCCAUGCUCGAGUGUCUGCACUUUUCUCAGAAAUAUGUUUUUUAGUGCUGCUGCAAGGGGCAGGCGUCCAUCUGGCCAUAGCCAUAAAAGCCACUCGUUUCUCCCUCCAACUUCCUCGUCUCUCCUCUUCCAGUAUCAACCCAGUGAUCUUAUCGACUGGUGAAAUCAGGAGUCCAGUCGGUGGACAGACACCCAUGAGUACCCCUGACUCGGUUGGCCGGCAAACCUUCCUGACAUCAGGAGCUCUAGAACCUCGGGUUGAACUUCAUCCUGAUCUUUCAAGAGACGAUUCCUUGCAUGAUGCCUAUUACACCGUCUCAACUCCCUGUUCCUUGCACGUGGUGAACAUCAUCACUCUCCACACGCAAAUUUCUCAUGAAUUGUACCGCUUCUUCAUGUACCGACUGUUGAAGCAUUUCCUGCGAAGUGAAAUGGACACACUGAGGACCUUCUUUGAUUGGAUUUGGCCAAUCGACACCCAGCACCGUCCUUUGCAGCCAGUCCAGGAACCAACAGGCCUUGAAACACCUCAGAUCUGCCUCGGGCACAUCUUUUCGGAGGUCAUUUACGGAGACGACGUCGAAAUCCCACUGUACUAUUUCAACAUUGUACAAGGUAGGGAUAACGCGGUCAAAGUCAUCAUCACCACAUCGAAGACUGGGGCUGCAGGGGCAGCUUACUACCAGGCCGUCUGUGGAUUCUCCACCGUGGCGAUCUUCGCCAUCUGUCAGAGAGCAUUGAGAAGAUGUCGAGAGGCAGAUUCCAUCUUCUCAUUUAGGAAAGCCCUGAAUGUAUCCGAAGCAGACAAGUUUCUUGACCAGGAUCCAGUCUGCUCUUACCUCUUCUCUUCCUGGUACGACCCCCAACACCAAAUAAAAGCAGACCAAACUAACAAAACCACACACAGUAAAACAAAAUCAUUAACAAAAAAACAAAAAAACAGAAUCGCCUGGGCAAGAACCACAAGCCUUUACCUCCCUCUCCCAAUCUCCCUUUCAGCAACCACAACAAUCCUACCCAUCCUAACCCCGAUCCUCCUCUUCCUCGCCAGAUUCGCCUCCAACCCAUCCACAACCGGCACCAACACUCCGACCUUCCGAAACCAGUUCAUAACCUCUGCAAUUUCCUACCUUCUCACAAUCCUCCCAUCCGGCCUCGGAACUCUCGCCCUAACCUACCUCUUCGCCCCGGACCUCCUGGUCUGCCAACUGAACAACCAAUGGCAAUCCUACUACCACAAUAAGGAUUCGCGCGCUAUACGCACCAUCCAGGAUAGCUUGCAUUGCUGCGGGUUCCGGAGUGUCAAGGAUAGGGCAUGGCCAUUCAAGGACAAGGACAACAACGACAAUGCCUGUGUGAAACAGAUCGGGUAUGACCGGGCCUGUCUGGGGCCGUGGGAGCAGGAGGAUAAGACCGCCGCGUGGAUGGUGUUCUGGGCUGCGGUUUUGGUUUUAGUUGUUAAGGUACUUGGAUGGGAAGGGCCAACGCGAAUCGCUUUAUUAGGAUUGCAGGUGCAGAGGAUCAGGAGGUGGGUGACUCUGAGGAGCAUAUAA